GAGAGAGUCGGCAGUACGGGGGGUGAGGAGUGCGAAUAAAGUAGCUGACCAUCUCGCACCUCAGCUCAGUUCACUAGUAGAAGCUCGGGCGAUUCACCAGGCGCUUGUUGAACGUUCAGUUAGGCCUGCAGUGCAGCAAAGACUAAGAGAUCAUGGAUGUUCGGCUAGUUUUCCUGCUGCUGUGUGUGCCAGCUUGUCUGGCUCACAUCAGACUGACGUGGCCACAGGCGCGCUAUCCGCAACUGGAUUUCUUGGACAACAUCCGCAGCGGACUGCCCUGUGGAGUUCCAUUCGACCCGAAGACUCAAAUUGUGACCACCGUAGCAGCUGGCAGCACAAUCGACGUCAGUUGGCAUCUUGGUUUUGCGCACAGAGGUGGUGUGGAGGUCAACUUGCUGACUCCGAUUGCAACGUACAACCUGACGACUGGUUUCGUGCGAUCUGAUGAUCCAACACUUCUGCAUCUCCGUGUCACGCUGCCAGCUGGAAUUACGUGUGCGGCGGCCAAUGGCUCCACAUGCACACUGCACAUCCGCCACCAGGCGCUGGAAUGGGGAACUAACUACAUCUUCCACUCUUGCGCUGAUUUGAACGUCACCGCUGCCACCACUUCCAUGCAGGCUGCAUGUGGGGCCCGAAACGGCGAGGUUUGCUCUGGCAAUGGCAAGUGCAUUGAUAACAUGUGCCAGUGCAACCGCUUGGCAUCAGGAACAACCUGCCAGAAUGUCGACGAGUGCCUCAACGACGAAGAUUGCGGUGGCUACAGGCGUGGUGUGUGUCAGAAGCUUGGGUUCACAUCCUACCCCAAGAACCAGUGCUACUGCCGUGCUGGCUGGAUGGGCCCUAAGUGUACCAAACAGUCCACACUGACAAAUGCUCUCAUCGAAGAGACUGGCUAUUACCAGAACAAGAUGAAGGUCAAUGACAACUACUACUUGUACUGGAAGGUCACACAGGGUGCCACGCCAGAGAUUGAGAUUGCGAUGAAGGUCCGCUCUUCCAGCUGGGUUGGCCUGGGCUGGCGACCAAACACUGUGACUGCGUCGUGCCUCGACAAGCCCCGUGUUCUGGCACGAGGUACCUCUACACGCCGUUGCCGACCAGCCAGCGAGCCAGAACCAGAGGGUGAGGGUACCGCCGCACCUGAAGGAACACCUGAGGGCACCGCCGCACCUGAAGGAACACCUGAAGGAUCACCGGAAGGCACGGCCGAGCCGGAGGGCGAGCCCGAGGCCAAGCCAAUGUCAGUUCUGCCCGUGUGCGACAGGAACGGCAACCCUGAGCCAGAAGCCACAGCCGAGCCCGAGGGAACAGCCGCACCCGAGGGAACAGCCGCGCCCGAGGGAACAGCCGCGCCCGAGGGAACAGCCGCGCCCGAGGGAACAGCCGCGCCCGAAGGCACCGCAGAGCCCGAGGGAACCGCAGAGCCCGAAUCUACCGCAGAACCUGAAGGUACCGGAGAGCCCGAGGGAGAACCAGAGGCACCAGCAGAUUUUCCCCAUCCCAUGGACUGUCGCGAUAUGGUCUUGGCCUCUGCCAUUGGUUGCUCAUUCCGCCUGCAAGACGCGUACACACGCGACCGUUCCACUCCACAGCCCGAUACAUUCUUUGGUGGUGAGGACAACCUGAAGGGUGCGGUUGGCAUGGAAGUAGAUGGAUGGACGCACGUGAAGUUCAUGAGGAAACUCAACACCAACUCUGCAUAUGACCAUCCGUUCACACUGUCUUCACCCAUGAACGUCAUCUGGGCCCACGGUCAGCGACAGGGUGCAUACACAUUCAAUGUGAUGCCCAGCGGAGUCAACGUCACCACUGCCAGUGAUCCGCAGUUCUACCACAAUGACGAGAUGAAGUAUCAUGGCUUCAGGAACAACCGCGGCUCAAUCUCGGUUGACUUCAACUCCAAACUCACUCCAGUGCCCACUGGAACACCGGCGGAUCUCAUCAGCUGGAAGACUCCUGGCGACUGUACUGGUGCUGGAUGUACUUACAAGGUGAAGGGCAACCUUGACGGCACACGCUCCAAGAUCAAUAUUGAGAUCGAGUGGAACAACGCCAACAACUGGGUGGCGCUCGGUACCAGCACCAACCGCCAGAUGGCCCAGACUGACAUGACUACAGCUUUCCUUAAGAAUGGUGCCAUCUCGACAGCGGAUCGAUUCGCAACCGGAUACUUCUUGCCUGCGGUCGAUGCCGACCAAGCUCAGCUGUCUAGCGCCUCGUACAGCGUAGUGAAUGGCGUGCACAAGAUCAAGUUCACGCGCGACUGCCUGUCCACCGACACGCAGGACAUCUCCUUUCCUAACAGCUACCUGGUGUACGCCUACGGGUCUAUUGCCAACGGCGACACUAUCACCCAGCACACUCUGCCCCCGACUAUCGCCACCGACAGGCUGGUCGCCGCCUGCCAAGCUCCAAGCGCCGAGCCCGAAGCAACAGCUGAACCAGAAGGCACACCCGAGGGAACGGCUGAGCCAGAAGGCACUGCUGAGCCCGAGGGAACAACAACGCCGAAUCCAGAGGGAGAGCCAGAAGGCGAGCCUGAGGGCGGUGGACAGACUCCAGGCACCACACAGGCACCGGUGGUGGAGCAGAAACUCGCCGAGAACACGUGUCUCAACUAUGCAGCUGGCGAGGGCCAGAGCGGCAGUGCAGGCCAGAUUGUUGCCAGCCUUCUCCUGGUUGCCAUCUGCUUGCUGUUCGCCUGGUAAGCGAUCACCAUUUUGAAACAUCAGACGGAAGAGUGCUGGCUCCGUGCAUCAGCCAGUGCUGUCUGUCUGGAAACGUUUUUGAACUACUAGUAGCCUAUGGGUGCCUUGUGUUGCAUAUGCUGCGUAGUCUCUGUGUGUGUGUCUUCUGAAAUUUGCCAUACUUCAAAGCCUCUGAGAGAGAGUCACAGUGGAGUCAGAGCCGCAGAGAGGCGAGUGCCUAGGUCCAGAUAUCAAAGCAAUCUCUUCCCUUUUCAUACACACAUUCAACUCUUAGCACAGGCCUCCUGAACAUGAUAAUCCACACCACCACCUGCCGCUACCACCCUUAUGAGCUGAGCCUAAGUUCAUUUUUAGUGAUUCUUAUGACGAGUGUUCUUGCCUUACUCCAAGUGGCAUCACUUGACGCAGAGUUUAUGACAAUUAUAUUUUAUACCCAAUGGAAUUGCCUUUUUCAAUUGCCUUGACCUCCCUGAUGGUCUCACCGUUCCACACAACAACAGACUAGUGAGACAGGACAUAUGACUCGGUUGGGUUGAACCUGUGUGUGUUGUGCAGUCAUACCCAUGUAUGUUUUCUUGUUUUCUUUCUUGCCUUUACUCCUAUUUAUGUACUCUGGCUAGUUAGGGUUUGGAACUAGGCACUAGUAUUGUUAUGUAGCUCGCUGGUUCUGCUGCUUGGAUGGUAUCAUACAAACCAGGAAGAGAACUUGCUAUGUUUCUGGUAGAAAUGAUGUUUUCGAUGUAA